CCUUAAGGACGAAUACCUGUUGGUUGCCGCUAUAGAUUUCGGAACCACGUAUACUGGUUAUGCCUACUCUUUAUGACAUGAAUUCAACACCGAUCCACUGAAAAUAAAUUUGAUGACAUGGAACGCAGGAUCAGGAGGAGUCGUGUCUCUAAAAUCAUCUACCUGCGUUUUGUUUAAGCCGGAUGAGACAUUUCACUCUUUCGGUUAUGAGGCAGAAGACCAUUAUAAUGACCUUGCCAUGGACGACGACCAUAAGGGCUGGUUUUUCUUUCGGCGCUUCAAAAUGGAUUUGUACACUGAUCAUGUUGACAGAAACAAGAUGUUGCAAACAGAAGAUGGAAAGAAAAUGUCGGCAAUCAAGGUUAUAUCGGCUGUUAUAUCCUACCUGAAAAGUCAUCUUACGAAAACAGUCAAAGAUAGUGCAUUCGAUAUUUCCGAUGGGGAUAUCAGAUGGGUAGUCACUGUACCUGCAAUAUGGAGUGAUCCAGCCAAGCAAAUGAUGCGCGAGGCAGCCGAACAGGCUGGCAUUGCCGGAAAUCAGUUGCUCCUAGCGUUAGAGCCAGAGGCUGCAUCAAUGCUUUGUAAGCACAUGCCCGUGUCCAAACUUGUCGACGGUGACCGUGGAGACAAAAUAGAAACAUUCCGAGCAGGAUGCAAAUAUAUGGUGGUUGAUGCAGGAGGCGGGACAAUAGAUAUCACAGUACACGAGGUGCUGAAAGGCGGAUUAUUGAAAGAGAUCCACUCAGCUAACGGCGGCAGCUGGGGAGGGACAAAAGUGGAUGAAGCCUUUGAGGAUAUGUUGGAGACUAUUGUCGGGAAAACUGCGUUUGCGCACUUCAAAGCUGAUGAGAUACCAAGUGUUAUCGAUUUACAAAGGAAUUUCGAGAUGAAAAAGAAAACUUUCACAGGUAAGGAUUCUGGAACUGCUAGUAAAUCAACGAUAACAGUGCCUUCCUCACUUCUUGAAUCUUUUACAAAAUUCAAUCCUGAUAAACGGAUAACCGAUGCCAUUGGAGAUCAUUUUUCUUCCGAAGAUGUAGAAUGGAAAAAGGAUAAGAUUCGUCUUUCCUUAGCUAUGACACGGUAUCUGUUCGACCCAUCUUUGAAGCAAAUAACCGAUCACGUUUCUGAUAUACUCGGAAAACCCGAAGUACAGGAUUGCGAGGCUAUCUUAAUGGUGGGUGGUUACUCUGAAUGCCCACUUCUGCAGGACGCUAUCAGAGCUGUUGCGGGAAGCAGGCGUUUGAUUAUUCCAAAUGAGGCAAGUUUGUCUGUACUGAAGGGAGCAGUGAUCAACGGCCACUGUCCAGAUACUUUGUCCCAGCGGAUAUGUAAAUACACAUACGGGAUAGAGGUACACAACCCGUUUGGUGAGGAUGGGUAUGACAAAUAUCCCAUUAUAAAUAGGGACGGCGAGAUUAAGUGUGACAACUGUUUCAUGACAUUGGCCAAAAAAGGAUUACUUGUGACGAUUGGGGAAUCAUCAGUUACUCAGUCAGUUAUCGUCGGGUACUCAUUAGCAACAAGUAUUCCUGUGAUGUUGUUUGCAUCUACAGCUGAAAAUCCCAAAUAUGUAACGGACGACAGUUGUCAGAAGAUCGGAGAAAUAACACUACCAAUGCCUGAUACAUCGUUAGGUAACGAGAGGGGAGCUAACUUUUCCCUAUACUUUGGAGGCUCGGAGAUUGAACUCACUGCUGAAGACAUACACACUGGACGAAAGAUAAAUGCAUGCUUCGACUUCCUUGGUUAACCAUACAAUGACGAAUGUGGAAAAUGUUAACUGUAGAGAAAAAAUGAAGAUGGUAAAUAAUACCAUAUUUGUAUUACAGUGUAUUUUUCUGUAUUCAGAGGGGACAUGAUCAAAUAUAUUUUUGCCAGGAUUUUGAUAAAAAAUACUAAAGAAUAUUUGUUCAUGUUAAUGCCAGAAUAUUUUCAAUAUAUAAAAUCCUCAAUUUACAACAUACUGUACGCAUUGCUAAUAUUUUAUGUUGAUUUGUGCAUAUUUUCAUUUUUUUCCCAAAUCUUGCCUGCAAUUUGUUUUUGGAAUAUCGGAAAUUCGUACUCAUUUGAAGGUAAACUGACCCGAAGGGUCAAGAGGAUGACCUACAAUUGUAUGCAUCGUUUUCAUGACCAUCGUUAUCCAUGUAUCAACCUUUUUUGGUAUAACCUUCGAACCCCUAAACCGAUUUAGAUGGCAUUUGAAAUACAACUUGACUAAAAAACGUUCUCUAUACACAGUAAUGGUAAUAUCAAAUAAUCAAAUAUUGUAGUUUAUUUAUUUGUAUAUAUAUGUUUUAGCUUCAUUUGUCUAACAUUAGAAAUAUCAGUGUGAUGGUACAUGCAUGCACAUGUCGGCUCUUAGUUGCCCCAAUGGACUGUUUGGCGGGCAUGUUGACAGAAACUUUAAAAAAAAACAUAUUUUGAUGACCAAUUGAUCGUCGAAUCAAAUACUCUGAAUAGAUGGAAGAAUUGUGACAUUUCUAAACCUGAAUUCCUUUGGAAUGUGACAAUUAUCAGGAAAGGAUGCUACAUUGAGGAUAUGAAUAUAUAUAACUUAUCCUCGGGGCCCUUUAGGCAGGGCCCUAAAGGGUAAAAUUGGCUGAAAUUUUAAUAACGUUCUUCUUCAGAUCCAGAUACGUCAGAAUAUCUAAUACUUCUUAAGAUUUGAAAGAACUUCAGUUACAUGUACUUUAUCAAAGUUGUGAAAUUCUUUGCACUGGUCCUCGGCAUCACAUCGCCUGGAACUAUCCCCAUUGAUUAAGGAGCGGGGCCAACGUGGAACCAAUAGCUGAAUUUAAGCAAUCUUCUUUUACAAUCCUAACCAGUUAUGUCAAAAUGUACUCUUCUGAAAUAAGAAGGUCUUAAGGUACUGUAUGAAGAUUGUGUAAUUCAUUACAAUGGGAUCACGGGCUUCCUAAAUAUAUAUUUACAUUUUCCUUGUUUUGUUUGUUUGAUGUUUCAUAUUUAUUCACUUUUUAGAUACGUUUUUUGACCCCAAUUACAUUUUUGUUGCUGUUAGGCCGUGAGGAAAUGAUAAGCAAUGUCCUUAAUUUAAGAACAUUUCUGGACAAAUGUCUAUGUUUUGUUUUAGAAUAUAAGACACAAGUAGGUGCUUGUAUAUACAGGGUAUAUAUUUUAGUGUGCCGAGUUCAUAAUGUAUAUAAACGCGAUUUGAGAAAACAACAGGUAACGGGUGCAAUUAAUACCAACGAACACAAAAACCACCAACAACAAAAUAACAAAAACAACUGUUCUUGUGAUAAAG